AUGCCGGCUACAGGAAGACCAAAUACCGACUACGAGCGUUGGCUUCAGCAUCACAAUCCAGACGCCGAAUUUCAACCGAGCCCACAAUACGGUCCUCAUCAUGGCAGUCGGUCUGGGAAAUAUCCCCCUUUUCACACGCCAAAGACGGACAGGCCUCGCAUUCCCCUCGCCGAACCUCAAAUCCGGUUUUCGCCUACAGAGAAGGAGCUUGGGUCUUCUCCCAGGGAGGGCUCAAGCUCGCUGACUGGUAUCUUAUUAUUCGUUUUUGUUAUUCUGGUUGCUGUUGCAUAUGCUCGAUCGCAACUUGCGCACUCCUCACACAGCCCCCAGACUCGGAGAAGAGGUGAAAAAAUUUGA